UCCAUUCAUUCAUUUAAUCAUCCAGGAAAAUUUUUAUAUACAAAAGUCUGUCGGAUGGAGAGCUAAAAAUAUUUCUUAGCCUAAUGAAUAAUGGCAAAUAUUUGCUUUAGAAUGCAAAACAUUCUAAACUGCCCGUGGUGACAGAAGGAACAAGUUAUUUAAGGUCUAAAUUAAAUUUAAAAUGCGUACAACAUGUAUUGUGCCCUACUUCUUAACUUUAAAACUGCUGUUGGCAGAAACUAUAAUUAGUAAAAACCAAAAAAUUUGCAAGGACGCUUUGCCAUGGAAGGACUGCGACUUUUAUAAAGGAUUGGGUUAUUGUAAAACUAGAAGCGAACGCCUCCGUAAUCUAUGUCCUCAAACCUGUGAUUUGUGCGACCAUGAAACACCUAUAGAAAAUCAAUGUCUAGAUGAAGAUGGUCCAUUUAAUUGCAGAUACCUUCAACAACACGGUGCUUGUUAUACUCAUGCAGAUCUUAUGGUGAGCCGAUGUGCAAAAACUUGCGAUUUAUGUGAUAUUAGACACCAAUGCGCGUUGUUAAACUGCCCUAAACACAAGCUCUGUGUGUUUAACAAUGAAACAAGACAAGCUAGGUGCGAGUGUCCAGAUCAUUGCAACAAUAAAGAAGAGUAUAAAAGUUUAGGAAGUGUGUGUGGUACAGACGGAAAAACAUAUAAAGAUUAUUGCCAUCUCCAACGCCAUUCUUGUCGAGAAAAUUUAAAUAUCACGGUUGGUUUUUAUGGAGUUUGUCCAGCAGAUGAACCUUGUGAAGACGGUCAACAAGAAAAAGAAUCCGGCUUUUGCGAUUCUUGGAAAAAUUUAGGUUUGUGUAAAGAAAAGAAUUACAUAGACACUCUAAAGAAGUAUUGCUCUCGCACUUGCAAUCUUUGUCCUGAAAAAAGAGCACUGUUUCCAUCGUACUCUUGUCAUUCGUCACCAUAUGGAUGCUGUUGGGAUUGGACUGAAAAACCAAGUAGCGGUGAAAGUUGUAAAGCUUGUAAAGACCGUAAUCCAGUUUUAUGCACUGCAUUUAUCAAAGAAUGUAAUUCAGGAUUUCGCAGUAAUUUGCACUUUAUGAAGACGAAUUGCCCGUCAACAUGCGGCUUUUGCUCUUCACAAGUUCCAAGCUAUAAUAUCAAGAUUUAUGACCAAAGUGGAAAGAAAUUGUUCAAGUCUCAAAAAGUUACAAAACAAUGAGAAAAUAAUUGUUUUCCAUAUUAGUUCAUGCAUACUACAAUACUGCAUACUCAAAAUAUAUGAGAUCAAAAAGACUGAGUCAAAUCCAAGACAAUUGUUAUGAAGACUGCGUUGAUAUUUAAUUUUUAAAUGCAAUGUUUACCCUAUUGCAUUUUAAAUUGCGAUUGUACAUUUUUAUUAAAUUAUUUAGCAAGUUUAUUUAUAGUAAGUUUUUUAACAAAUAUUUUAAUUGACGAAACUGAUAAAAGAAUAUUUUUGUAUUUGCUUUAGACUCGACAAUAUUUGACAGACUUCAAAGUAACUCCAAUUACUUUACAAUGUGUAAUAUGUAUUAAUAACUUCAAUACGUUGAAAUUUUUUUAAAUCCUGAUUAAAAACAUUUCUAAUGUAUUUGAACCGGAAGUAUAUAAAUGUUAAAAGAUAAUGAGUUAUAUUAGAGAGAAAGAGAAA